AUGACAUUUUUUGAUUCAGGAUUCUUAGCACUAGGUAACAUAUUAUUUGUUAUUGGUAUAAUUUUGAUUAUUGGACCCCAGAGAACUAUUACUUUCUUUACAAGACCUACCAAAAUAAGAGGAACGGUAUUCUUCGGGUUGGGAAUUUUGUUAAUUUUGAUGAAAAGAAGUUUCAUCGGAUUCAUCAUUGAAAGUUUUGGUAUUCUUGGAUUAUUCGGAGACUUUUUUGGUACAAUUGUAACAUUUUUGAGGUCCAUCCCUUAUAUUGGUGAUGUUUUAAGCAAUCCUUUGAUAGCUCCAACUAUAGAUAGAUUAGCAGGUGUUAACACUUUACCUGUUUGA